AUGUCCUGUCCGACUUUGGUCGCCCUGCUCGCCCUGUCUGCACCUGCGCUGGCGCAUAUGCAGAUGUCAUGGCCCUACCCUCUGAGGAGUAGCUUCAACCCGAAGAACAAUUGGGAGAAUAUUGAUUAUUCCAUGACCAAUCCCCUUGGAGUGGGCCAGUAUCCUUGUAAAGGCUACAUCAACAACCCGCGCGAGGAGAUGUAUCCCGUCACUUCUUGGACUGCAGGCUCGACCGUGACCAUCACAUUGGAUGACGGCGUCACCCACAAGGGCGGUUCAUGUCAGCUUUCCCUUUCAUACGAUGAUGGCAAGACUUGGAGCGUCAUUCAGAGCUACAUGGGUGGCUGUCCGAUCGAUUCGCUCUCAUACGAUGUGGAGAUCCCAUCAGACGCCCCAAGCGGUGAUGCCAUCUUCAGUUGGUCCUGGUUCAAUUGGGAGGGCAACAGAGAGAUGUAUCAAAACUGCGCAGUGGUCACCAUUCAAAAUGGUGGUUCAGGGCUCGAUCCCAUUCGAUACCCUCCUCCUUUCGUUGCCAAUGUCGAUGCGGCACCAGGUUGCGCCACCAUCGAAGGAGUGUCUGUCGUCUUCCCGAAUCCAGGAGCCAACGUUCGGUAUGGUGGAGAGUACCGCGAUUCAAAACCUACCAAGCCUACAGGGUUCACCGGUGAUUGUGGCGCUCAAUCUCCAAUCCCCUCGAGUUCUCCUUCCCCUCCACCGUCUCAAUCGAAACCUGCUCAUUCGUCUACUGCUGCCGCACAUAGCUCGGCUAUAGCGUCUCGACCGGCUCCGACACGCGAAACCCUCCCAUCCAGCCCCGUCAGUGCGGCCGCUCAGCAUGAGCCGUCAAAGAGUCCUGGAUCGACAAAGUGUAAGCGAAAGGUCAAAGGGUCCGUCGUUCGCAGGACGAACGUGGCGAAGCGACAUGAGAGAUUGGUCCGGCACUACCAACAUGAGCGACUUGCUCCUCAAGUCGUAGGCCGGGCCGAGUCAGAUGGCAGCUGGGGUGGCUCCAGUCAAAGAUCCUCGUUCUAA